ACCCGAGCGGGGUUAACAACGGAAGAAGGAGACAGAAGUGGGAUGGAGUGAUGCUGACCAGCAAGAGGACCCGGAGAGAAACAACGGGACCGCGGUGACCACAGAGAAGCAGAAAGACCGAGACGAUGGUUGGCCUGAGAAACCGGUCCACGUGGGCCCCACUUCUCCUCAAGGCCUCCUGCAUCAAGUCCUGUGCCAACGGCUGCUCCCUUGGCAUCACCGCGCAUCUCACCUACGCCAACACAGACACCGAACCUGUGGAGGGUGUGUUUGUGUACCCGCUGGGGGAGAAGGAGGUGGUGGUGGGCUUUGAGGCGGUCAUCGCCGGCCGCAUGGUGGGAGUUCAGAUCCAGAGUCGGGGGAAGCUGGAGGAUUGUUGUCUGGACUGCUGCCCAGGAUCGGGGCUCCACGGCCAAUGUGGCAACGGACGGGAGUGGGGCUGCUGCGGGGCAUCCAGCCUGGACAUGCAGUGUACCAACGGCCAUCUCAUCCUAGAUGAAGACUUGGAGCGAACCACCUUCGUCGUAGGCACCGGGGUCAUUGGCUCGAUGGACAUAGUAUCUGUCAUCAUAAGUACGACCGUGGAACUCCCCACCUUGAAGAGUGGCGCGAUCCGCCUGGUCUACCCCACAGUACUCACUCCCAUCGCCACAGGGCGGGUGACUGCAAGCAAAAGCGAAAAUGGGGCGAAAUCAGAUGAAACAGGACCCACCAGUUGUUUUGGAGCCACCUCUGGGAAACAGGAGAGGGUUUUGGGUUCGGAGCAACAGUGUGCCCAUGCCAUCUUCACCAGCCCUGCCACCAACCUGGCACCCUAUGAGCUCAACUUCCAGCUGCUGGUCCGAGGGGCAUGCCUGCUGGCUGGUCUGGAAAGCCCUACCCAUGCACUCAGGGCAGAUGCAGACCCCAGCGCCCAGAGUGCUUCCUCCACCUACAUCACCCUGGCACAGGAACACCCCUAUGACAGACACAUAGAGGUCAUACUGCACCUCAGCGAGCCUCACAGCCCAUUGGUCAUCCUGGAGAGGGGUCGGCUCACCUUCAGCCAAUACGAGCAGCAGAUCUGUUCCCGCCGCGACUUCAUUCGCUGUGCUCGCAAAGAGCUGGAACCAGAGAAGAAGUUGGAGUUUGUGAGAAAGCGGUACCACAAGGACAUCCUGAGCAGCCCGGUCCUGAUGCUCAACUUCUGUCCUGACCUGCUGUCUGAGCCUCCAGAGCUGCACCGUGCCACCAGGGAACUGGUCUUCCUCAUUGACCGCAGCGGCAGCAUGAGCGGCAGCAACAUCCACCGCAUCAAGGAACCAAUGGUGGUAGCUCUGAAGAGUCUUCCUCCAGGUACCAUGCUCAACAUCAUAGGCUUCGGCACCACCAUCAAAGCCCUGUUCACCACCAGCAAGCUCUGCACAGAUGUGACCUUGGCACAGUCCUGUGAGUACAUCCACAAGAUGAGGGCUGACAUGCGGGAAACCAACCUGCUGGGGGCGCUGUCCUGGGUGUAUCAGCAGCCUGCGCAGCGCUCCUGCCCCCGCCAGGUGUUCAUCAUCACCGACGGCAGCGUCAGCAGUGUGGGCAAGGUGCUGGAGCUGGUCCGCAGGAACACUUGUGCUGCCAGGUGCUUUGGUCUUGGCCUGGGCCCCAGAGCCUGCAGGAGGCUCCUACAGGGCGUUGCCAAGGUGACAGGUGGAACCACAGAGUUCUUGGGUGAUGAGGAGAGGCUGCAGCCCAAGCUGAUAAAGUCCCUGAAGAAGGCCUUUGAGCCAGUCCUCACAGAUGUACGUAUAGACUGGUACCUGCCUGAUAACAUGGAGGCUCUCCUGUCACCCAAUGAGAUCCCUCCGCUUUACCCGGGGAAUCGCCUGAUUGGCUACUGUACCCUGUAUGAUGUGUCUAGCUUCAGAGGCAAGAAGACUGAGGGGCGUGGUCGGGGCUAUAAAGGCUUGUCUCGGGGCUCGGUGGGCUCUGUGUUCGGCCUAUCCAACGACGAGCUGUCCCCUCCCUCCGUGUCUGAGCUCCUCCCUCUGGUUACAUCAUCAGAAGGCGCAGACCUAGAGGAGGCGCUGAGGGAAAUCUCCCGGGAAAUCUCCUCAGAGUUCUCCUGUGCCAAAGACACCGACACUGGGACUAGUACAGGUGGAGCGGUGGAAUGGUCCAGUGAUGUUCGUGGUAGGAUUCAGGAGAGUUCUUACAUCCAGGAGCAGUAUGUUCUGACCCGCUGCUCUCUGAGCAGUGAGAGGGGGCUGCCCUACACCCACACCCCCUCCACCUCCGACUCUAUGGGAGGCCCUUACCCCACUGAUCUGCUCCCCAUCCUGUGCCUGGACACGGGCUCCCUGCCGCAGGGCCUCGAGAAGAUGGCUCCACCCGAACAGAGAAGCACCCUGUCGCGCUGGGGCGAGUCGCCAUGGCAACAGCCCCCCUCCUCAGAGAAUACAGAUUCCGUGUCAGAAAAGGCAGGGCAUCUGUGUGGAGGGGAGGAGUCUCGAAGGAGACAGAGGGCAUUGGCCCGUUCAGCCAUGUCUGCAAGGAGUUUCUCCUCCCCCCAGGGUGAGCUGGACAUGCACCGCCUGCGGAGGGCACUAGAGAGAGUCUCGUUUGAUCAGGCGGUGGGGGGGAGGCUGGAGGAGAGCGAUGGGGAGAACCAGCCUACGCCCAGAGGAGGGCUGUCCCGCAGGAGCCUCACUGACUCCAACGGCCUGCUGUUCCCUGUCUCUCCUCUGGACUGGGACAGCUUCACUGACCCGGAGUACCUGUUUACCGCCGCCCCCCCGGACGACCCCCCCACGCCCCCUGCCCAGUGCCGCUCCCUCAUCCACGGCCUCCUAGGAAGCAAGCCUGUAUCCUGGGAGGUCACUGUGGACCUGACACAACUCUGGGCCCCUGAGGACCAAGGGACAUCCGGGGGAGGAGGAGAAGGGGGAGGAGACCUCUGGGAGGAAAUUAUCCACCAGCUGACAGCUCGCUCUGCAAUCAGGGACUUUGAGAAGAUGGCGGAGAAGGAGAGUGACAUCGAGCACGGGCCUGCUCAGCGGUACCGAAUGAAAGCCAUCCAGACCAGUAAGAGCUGCAACAUCAUCUGUACGUACACAGCCUUUACGGCCACCAACACCAGCAAGGGUCCAUCAGACACUGUGGGAGUGAGAAACACCGGGUUGCGUUUGGGCAAAAGACGGAGCUCCCAGGCAGGCAGUUGCAGACAGAGGGCCUACUCUGUGGGACUGGGUCGACGCCCCUCCAGCAGAGACAGUGAGGAAUUUGAGGACACCUGCAACUCCACAGACAGGGACGAUACUCCUGCCUCCCCAUGCAGCCUGAAGUCUUGGGACAGCAGUGCAGGGGGAAAUCCCUACCCUGCCAGUCCCUCAGCCGUGUCCGGCACCUCCUCCACCCGCUCCCAACGCUCAGUGGAGAGCAAGUCUGUGGAGAGGUUCUUUGGCUCCAGAUUCCCUCUGGGCAGACUAAGGUCAACUAACUCCUCUGGGAAGCAGGCCCCUCUGAAGGGCCACUGUCUGUCUGCUGAGGCAGAGAAAAACACAGACUCUCCAGACUACCUCCCUCUGGUGCGUCUCCAGUUGGCCUCUGGGGCCUUCCUCCUGACAGAGGUCUACUCUGACUGUAUCCAGAUCCCCCUGGACCGUCUGAAGAGGGCAUCCCCCUACAGCCUCCACCGCAGCAGCCUCAGCCCCCCCUUCCGCUGCACCUCCCCCAACGCCCCAACAAUCCCCUCCUCCACCACUACCACGCGCCCAACUGGUACCCCCCUCCACCACACCACCACCUCUACCAAGCCUCCUAGUCUCCCCCAUCACCACACCUCUACUGGUACCAAGCCCUUGAGUGGCCCCCAUACCCCUGACGACCCUCCCCUAAUCCUGGCCCGACUCUGCAGGAGACACUUCUCCGACCGGUGCCAAGAGCCCCUGACGACCCUUCCCGACCCCCCAAGCUCCGAGGAAGGCUCUCCUGACACGACAGGUGGCCCUAUCCCCCAGACCACCCAAGCAGACAGCGGGCGCGGCUCAGAGACUGAUGUCUGUGAGGGUUCUCUGUUGGAUCCAGCAGCUCCAGACCCUCAGGUGUGCGAUCAGCUAGCUCUGGGGGACCUGGAGGGCUCGAGCUGGGCCACGGCCGUGGCUCUGGCCUGGCUAGAGCACCGCUGUGCAGGGUUUUUCAUGGAGUGGGAGCUGGUGGCAGCCAAGGCGGACUUCUGGCUGCGGGGCCAGGAGCUGCCGGAGGGGGUGGACCUGGCCGGGCUGAAGGGGGCUGCCAGGCAACUGUUCAUGCUGCUCCGUCACUGGGACGAGAACAUCCAGCUCAACAUGCUCUGCUACAAUCCCAACAACAUGUGACCACAUAGCCACCAUGUUAAAACCACCACAAUAUGCUCUGCUACAAUCCCAACAACAUCUGACCACAUAGCCACCAUGUUAAAACCACCUCAACAUGCUCUGCUACAAUCCCAACAACAUGUGACCACAUAGCCACCAUGUUAAAACCACCACAACAUGCUCUGCUACAAUCCCAACAACAUGUGACCACAUAGCCACCAUGUUAAAACCACCACAAUAUGCGAAAUGACUUAUUACCAUCCCAACAACAUGUGACCACAUAGCCACCAUGUUAAAACCACCACAACAUGCUCUGCUACAAUCCCAACAACAUCUGACCACAUAGCCACCAUGUUAAAACCACCACAACAUGCUCUGCUACAAUCCCAACAACAUGUGACCACAUAGCCACCAUGUUAAAACCACCACAACAUGCUCUGCUACAAUCCCAACAACAUGUGACCACAUAGCCACCAUGUUAAAACCACCACAACAUGCUCUGCUACAAUCCCAAAAACAUCUGACCACAUAGCCACCAUGUUAAAACCACCACAACAUGCUCUGCUACAAUCCCAAAAACAUCUGACCACAUAGCCACCAUGUUAAAACCACCACAACAUGCUCUGCUACAAUCCCAACAUGUGACCACAUAGCCACCAUGUUAAAACCACCACAACAUGCUCUGCUACAAUCCCAACAACAUGUGACCACAUAGCCACCAUGUUAAAACCACCACAACAUGCUCUGCUACAAUCCCAAAAACAUCUGACCACAUAGCCACCAUGUUAAAACCACCACAACAUGCUCUGCUACAAUCCCAACAUGUGACCACAUAGCCACCAUGUUAAAACCACCACAACAUGCUCUGCUACAAUCCCAACAACAUGUGACCACAUAGCCACCAUGUUAAAACCACCACAACAUGCUCUGCUACAAUCCCAACAACAUGUGACCACAUAGCCACCAUGUUAAAACCACCACAACAUGCUCUGCUACAAUCCCAACAACAUGUGACCACAUAGCCACCAUGUUAAAACCACCUCAACAUGCUCUGCUACAAUCCCAACAACAUGUGACCACAUAGCCACCAUGUUAAAACCACCUCAACAUGCUCUGCUACAAUCCCAACAACAUGUGACCACAUAGCCACCAUGUUAAAACCACCACAACAUGCGAAAUGACUUAUUACCGUCACGACAACAUGUGAUAGUUACCAGUGUUUUCUCCUAAUAGAACUUUGGUGCAGUUGCCUCAUACCUUGAGUCAUUUGUUUUGAAAAUCAGGUUCAGUUGAAAAAUGGCAUUUGCACCUCUGGUUGCUAAUGUGAAUGAGUCUGUGCCCGGUCUACAUGAAAGAAACAGAUUCCAUUUCCCCCAGUGCCUAGAUCAUUUAAAAGCCAUUGACUUAGGUCAAUUGAGACUUGACGGUGUAAACACUACUUGACUAACCCAAGAGGCCUUUAAGUACACCAUAUGAAACUACAAUAUUGACUUGAUCAUGUAAAGCUUACAUUACUUUGAUUUAGUAGAUUUUGUCACUGCUCUAUUUUUUCUUGGCCCAUUAACUGGGUAGUAUGUCUAACUUGCAUUAGUGUAGAAUUUAAUUACUCAAAUGUAUGCUUGUGAAUGAAUGAAAUUUAAUUCAAAUUUCUUUAGAGAUAUGCCUUUUAUUUUCACAUCUUUAUCAACAGAAUAAAACACACCUUUGGAAUCAA